GCAGGGGCAGCAGGGGCAGGGGCCCCCCCAGCUCACCCCGCUGGAGGAGAGGAUCGCCCGCCGGAUGAAGAUGGCCAUCGCCAGGGCGACGGGGAUGCCCCCCAGUGACUGCAACGUAGGAACACCUCCUGAUGACCCCUUGCGAACUGACGAGUUCAACUCGGACAGCUCCAGCACAAAACACCUGCUGCCGGACGUCCUAGCUCCUCUGUCUCCUCCUCCUUCUCCUCCUCCUCCUCCUCCUCCUCCUCCUCCUCCUCCUCCAUGUCUCCCUCCAUCCCCGGCGAUCGCGCUGACGACGCCCCAGACCGUUCAUGCGCUCCUGACCAGGCAAGAGGAGGGCAACCGCCUGCUGACGGAGGCGCUGCGCGUCCAGACGGCCGGCCUGGAGGUGCAGCGCUCGUGCCUGAGGGCCCUGCAGGAGGUGCGGGCCGCGCUGGCGGACCUGGCCGAGGUCCAGAAAGCCCGUCACCCGGAGCUGGUGGACCACCGGGACAGGAAGUCCGCCGAGCGACCAGGACCUAGACGACGAGCUUCCCUGGGCAUCGGGCGCGAGCGUCACGGCGUCACUACUGGCGAGCCAGGGGAGGCGGCUUGUCGUGACGAUGCGGUGCAAGCGUUGGCCGACGGUUGGUCAGUUGUGACCAGCAGCAGCAGCAGCACUACCGUCUUUGGUUCCGACACCCCGAGCACCACUGUCACUCCAAACCCCACUCCUCCAGCCCCAGCCGUGCUGCACCCUACUCACACUGCUGCACCUGCACCACCCCCACCACCACCACCACCACCACCACCCUCCUGGUCCUCCUCCAUGCUCCCCCAGGGCUCCUCUCUCUUCCUGGGCACUCAGCAGCAGCAGCAGCCCCCCUCUCCUCUGGCGCCCCCCUCAGGCCAGGCUCCGGGAGGUGCAGGGCCUUCAGCUGCGGUUCCCCCACAAGGGCAAAUGAAAAAGAGAGGGCGACCACCUAAGACUGUGGGAAGAGCUUCUCCCGCCGCUGGGAAAAGGCAAAAGAUCUAACCAGUCUUAGAAGGAAAGCAACUUAAUAGUGUAGACAUAACCAUGAGCACAACACAAGGUAAUAUAAUAUCCCAAACUAUUCAUAACAGAGAUAUAGACAGAGAAUGAACGGGUUGGAUGUGAUAUUAUAGCAUGCAAUAUGACAAAAUGGUAAUAUAAAAUAUAAAAUGUUAUAUUAUAUAUUUUAUGUAUAAACUAUUUUGUGGUAGUAGUGUGGAAAUUACCACAGAGGUUAUGAUGCUACAGUAUUUGGACUACAAUCCAAUAACAUUGUCACUAUUUUUUUUACCAUACAAUGAGUAUUGAGAUUCAAUUCUGCAAUGCAUUGUGAUCUGUCUCGGUGGCCAUCUUUGAGCCUGACUUUCUUUUGUACCAUGGAAUUCCACAACAUUCAGACAUUGCCAAAAGUUUGAACUGUAGCCACCACAAGUGCCUGGUAUGUAGUGGUUGCGGGUUCGGGAGGGAAAAGGCUGAUUGACAUUUUUUUGUUUGUUUUCUUUGUUCUCCAUGUAUAUCUUGUUUUCUGCACUACAGAAUUCAGUGUUUGCUUUUGUAUGGUAGAAUGGGGACUGUGAUGGGGACCCAAUGCAGUUCAGUCCAAGCUGCUGGGUCUUAGUCAUGGGAUCCAGCUGAGUUGGAUUUAGGCUACAGAGCUAAAUACUGCAGGGGAGUCUGACUCGACUGCCAGGUGUUUCCUACCUGUUAGGAGCCAGCAACUCAGAGAGCCUUUGGGUCUAUUUACAUUGUUAGUGGGCUUGCUGCAAGGCUAUUGUUCUUCUUUGCCCGUUUUUUGAGAACGCCUCUUCUCCUAGAGCGUUUGAGCUAUCGACGCGGUUCAAACACUAAAAAAAUCAGGCCCGAUCCGGUGUAGGUUGCUUGUUAAUGUUGGAUGGCUGCCGGUUGCCGUUUUUCCGCUAUUCCCGUUUUUAGACCCUUGAAGGUAUUUCCUACCUGUUAGGAGCCAGCAACUUAGAGAGCCUUUGGGUCUAUUUACAUUGUUACAAGUGGUCAGCCGACUCGUAUCACGGUUUACACGUGUGUCCAAGGAGACCUUGCUGACCCCUCCUGUUGAUAUUCUGCUAUUUGCAUUAAAACUCCCGUUGUCCCGGGAUGCAUCAGAAUGCAUUAGCUAUUACACUACGUAACAUAUGUGACUGGAUCACGUGUCUUGUUGAUUGUUUACACUUGCGUUUAGACAUGCGUUUUAGCAAAUCAUCUAAAACACACUUCUAAAACAAAUGUAAACAGGGUCUUUGAUUGGUUACGGCACUAAAAAGGGCCUGCCCCAAAGCAUGUUAAGUAACUGUUUUAGAAAUGAGGUAGCCUGUGGCAUCAGGCAUGCUAAUAAGAUGGAGUGGUUUAGACUAGAGAACUAUUGUUGAAGGUGAUACGACUUAUACAGUACAAUUACAUGUCUAGACAGUUUGGCAGAAUACUAAGACUAAGCAAAUAUUUUGUGUCUUGUCAAAGCUACUGAGCUUUAACCUGAACCAGCUGAAGUGGAGUGGGUGGGUGCCUUUGAUGUUGUUCUCUGAGCCUCCUUCCAGUGGUUGAAUUCAGGAUUGAACAGUUUGUCUGUCCGAUGCAGGUAUAGGGUAUAUAAGGUAGUAUUGUACAGUAUUGUAUUGUUCAUUUGAUAUUUUGGAUUUUGCUGGAGGCCUUUUACACUGUAUGUUUUACCAAAGCAGAUAACUUAUACAAAGCUUACGCUUACAUUUGGCAAUGCAAUGUAAAUGAUGUGCAGUAUUUCAGGUACUGUAUGUCGACAGCACAUUCGUUAUUUGAAUGGAUUUUUCAAAUUUGAUGGUUUGGCACAAAAUACAUACUGUAUUUGUGUAAGCACUAAUCUUUAUAUCUGUAUUUUGUAUUUUAGGAAAAUUGGAAUUUAGGAAGAUUUUUUUUUCAUUUGGUCUUUGUCAGUGAGCUGUCACUGUGAAGAAGUCAUAUUUGUUACCUAGAUAGAUAUGUAUGCACAAUGCAACAUGAGAUGGAAUUGCACAGAUCCCAACCCCCUAGAAGCACUUUUGUAGGUUUUUUUUUUUAAAAAACGAGUAUAAAAUCAAGAUGCUAUAAUUACUAUAAUGCUAUUUUAUUUAGCUUCAUUUGAAUAUAUGUGUAGACACUUAGAGCCAGCUGCUGACGAGGUUUGGCGCUGUUUUGAGCAAUGUUAGUGGUUUAUAUUGUACAUGCAGUUUGAUACAAGUGUUGCACUUAGUUUUGAUGCAAUAUUGUUUCUGAUUAAAAAAAAAGUCCAUAGCUCCACAGAGUUUAAGUGAUUUUGACUUUAAUCAUUCUAUUUCAAUACCAGUUGAAUGUUAAUAUCUUUAUUUAGUCAUGGUCAUUAUGUUAGUGGUGUUUUCUAAGGCUGUCAUCACUGAUGAUACCUUUAAUGUAAUUAAAGAGGCAAUCAAAUUAAUUGUUGUAUUACUU